CUCUCGCGCGUGUGACGUAUGUUCCUGUGACGCGCAGAAAUUUUAAACUCUCGUCCUUCUCAGUGAUGGCGGCUUCGUUUCGUUCUCUCCCCGCAAGCUGUAACAACAAAUGGUACUACACCCGGCCACAGAUCGACAACAGCCCGUCCCGGAGAGCCGGACUCGACCCCGACAAGGAGCUGUCGUACCGGCAACAGGCGGCGAACCUGCUGCAGGACAUGGGCCAGCGGCUCAACGUGUCCCAACUUACAAUUAACACAGCCAUCGUGUACAUGCAUCGGUUCUACAUGGUCCAGUCAUUCACCAGAUUUCACAGAAAUGUCAUCGCUCCUGCCGCUCUCUUCCUCGCCGCAAAGGUCGAGGAGCAGCCCCGAAAGCUGGAACAUGUUAUCAAGGUGGCCCAUGCAUGCCUCAAUCCUCAGGAGCCUUCUCCAGAUGUACGCAGCGAUGCUUACCUGCAACAAGCCCAAGACCUGGUCAUUCUUGAGAGCAUAAUACUCCAGACCUUGGCUUUUGAAAUCACCAUCGACCAUCCGCACACUCACGUUGUCAAGUGCACUCAGCUCGUCAGAGUUGUUCCAGCGAGUAAGGAUUUGGCUCAAACAUCAUACUUCAUGGCCACCAACAGUCUGCACUUGACCACGUUCUGCCUGCAGUACAGUCCGCCGGUCGUGGCCUGUGUGUGCAUCCAUCUCGCCUGCAAAUGGUCCAACUGGGAGAUCCCCGUGUCCACAGAUGGGAAACACUGGUGGGAGUACGUCGAUCCUACAGUUACCCUCGAGCUGCUGGAUGAGCUCACGCACGAGUUCCUGCAGAUUCUGGAGAAAACGCCCAGCCGGUUGAAGCGGAUUCGCAACUGGAAGGCUGGAGGUCAGACACCAAAAGCCAAGCCGAAAGUCAAAGAGGAGGGUGACCAGAGAGACACCAUGAUGAGCAUGAUCUCUAUGGCCUCGUCAGAGAGCACCGUGGCGGGCCUGAUGAGCCUCUCAGCUCCACCUUCUGCGUCCUCCUCCUCGUCCAUAGAUGACAAGGACAGGGUUGCUUCCGGCAGCGCUCAGACUUGGAGUGGAAAACUGGAGCAGCAGCCCAACAAUGAGGUUCACGCUCCAGCUAAGGUGUCGCUGAGUGAGUAUCGCGCCAAGAACGCAGACGUCCUCGCCGCCCAGAAGAGGAAACUGGAGAACAUGGAGGCCAGCGUGAAGAGGGACUACGCCAACGCCGCCCAGGCUCUCAUUGGUCAGCAGCAGAGAAAGGAGAAGCAGCAGCACCAUCACCAGCAGUCCAGCUCCUCCUCCUCCGACAUGUCCAACCCGUCACCCAUUAUCCUGAAAAUCCCGCUGGAGAAGGAGCGGCACGACAGGAGCUCUCUGAAAAUGCGUUUCCCCCUCGCUGGUGGAAAAGGAGGAGGAGGAGGCAGCGGACACAGCACCAGCAGCGCCCGAGGCCAGGAUCAGGACAUCAAAGUCAGGAUACGAGUGCCCGAGAAGCAACGUGGGAGCUCGGGAGAGGAGGGCAAGAGCAGGGACAAGCACAGGGAACGAUCCAACCACCACCACCACCCCCACCAUCCCCACCACCACCAUUCCUCCUCUAGCGGUGCCUCGCUCUCCUCUUCACACAAACAUUCGUCCAGCUCCGGCGGGGCGGUAGGAAGCAGCAAAAAAGUACCCAGUGACUCUUCUAGGACGAGCUCUUCAUCCUCUUCCACCUCACGUAAGAGGACACACUCCCAAGAUCCCACGGCGGGCUCUCACCCCGCCACUAAAGUCAGCAAGUCCUCGAGGAACCCCUACCAGCUCCCGUCCCUUUCUUCCUCCUCUGGGCAAACUCUGGGUCACGGUUCUGACAUUCUUCCCGCCCUAGGCCUCCCCCACCACCAAGGGAGCUACUCACACUCCAAAGGCGAGAAGACGGACACUAAUGGGCACGGCGCGGCGGGCGGAGCCCAGUCGAACGAGUACCAGGACACUUUUGAAAUGCUGAACUCGCUUCUGAGCGCGCAGGGCGUCCAGCCGUCCCAGCCAUCCAUGUUUGACUACAGAUCCCAGUACGGGGACUACCGGUACAGCGGCGGCUCCAGAGGGAGCAACCCGAGGCCGCCACCUCUGCCGUCAGAACCGCCUCCCCCUCUGCCGCCGCUACCCAAAUGAGUUCCCGAUCAGGAGAUGUGUCGUGUACAUUGUACUUGACAUCACAAACAUCCAUGUUGUUACAUAUAGUAUUGUUUUUUUUUUUUUUAAUUAACUCACCCACGUUUUUUAUAGUCGGCGUGAGAGCAGCGAAAUGUAGUGGUGAGAUCAAUUUUUUCACGGGGCAAUAAUGAGAGGCUUUAAAAGCUCGCUAAUGUGAGGAGGGGGAUACAGAAAAGUGUAGAUACAAUAUUUUUUUGCUCUUCUGUUUCAAAUGAAAUGUGAUGAUGGGACCUGAUGUUUUUAAACCAUCACUGUUUGUUUUUUCUUUUGUUUUUUGGCGGAAUCCAUUGUCUUGAAUUAAUGAGGAAAAGAUCUCCAUCAUAGUACCUGUUAGGUCUUCUUACAGACUGUCUUUUUAUAAUGUUUUUAUAGUAUGUUAUUUAUUAAUUGAAUGCUUUUAAAACAAAACAAAAAACAUAGUCCCCCCUCCCUCCUCCUCCUUUUUCUACCUUUUUUUAAAGGUGACCCCUCUUUGUUCUCCUUUGGGGCGGAGGGAUAUUUCUUCAUCACGACUGUACAGGCUAGUUUGAGAGUGCAUGUCUCCAAAGCCAUCUUUUUAAUAUUUUUGUCUUUCCUUUUUUUUAAACAGCCAUAAACUGACGGUCAAACUCCACCAGGCACGAUGCGUCAAGUGUCCGCCGUGGCUGUUGUAGUCAAUGUUUCAAACCCCACCGAGAAGCUCCGCGAUUCAUUUCUGAAACUGUGUUUUUUAUUUUUGACGGAUGCCGCGAGCAGCCGAGCUCGAGCCGCCAGGAAGUCAGACACAGAAACGUCAUAGAGAAGCUGGCAGAUUUUCAAAAUAAAACUCCCUGGUAGAUCAGCCAAAAGGGAAACAAUGAAAUGACGUCUAAAAAAAUGUCCAAAUCUGAGCACGUCAACAAAGUCUGGCUGGCUUCUGCGGCACUCCUGGUGGGGUUUGAAGUUAAACGCAGUCGUGCCUGGUGCAGUUUCGCCGUAAAGAAAGAAAAUAGGUGACUGCCCGACCCUCUUUAUGUUUUUGUUUUAUCUCCUGCUUUACUUGGUAAACGAUGUACAAAAACUGUAAAAUGUUUAAAACAAACAUGAAAUAUUUUUUACAUUUUGUUAUGAAAAAUUGCAAAAAAAAAAAAGAUGUAAAUUAAGGAAGCUUGUGCUUUUUUUGUUUAUUUUUCUUUUUAGAUUUGAGUGUUGCAGUCAUUGUUUUAAAUGGUUGUAAAAUAUUCAUAUUCAGAUCUCUCUGAUGACUACACUAAUGGACAGUUUAUACCAAGGAUUACACAUCUGUGGUUUAUCAAAGGGUUCAAAUAGUUCAAACAUAUCUAACCCCAGUAUGGUCACAAUGAAGGAAAUGCCAACACAAAUAAUCCCUCUAGAGAAGAAAUGUGAGUUGUUAAUCAUGUCGCGUGUCUGUCAUUUUUCCUCCGGAGGUGUUUUUAGGGUGGACAUAGGGCAGCAUAUAUGGAUGUACUUCAUUUAAAGUCACUGUCAGUCACCCUGAAACUGUGCCCGGGGUUUAAAAAAAAAAAAAAAAAAACUUUUUCAGCUGGUGCUCGCUUUGUGGUGACCAUAUUGAGCACAGUAUAUAAUAAAGUAUUGAAAAUACACAAGAUAUCAAAGCCUAAUCGAACGCCAUCUGUCUCGUCAUCCAUGUGUCAUGAUUGUCUUUCAUUUAUGCAUUUCUUUUUGGGGAUGUUUUAAAUGUGUGAAGCCCCACUGGUCUGAUUUCAUUAUUUUUUUUAAUCAUGUCAAACUACAUUGGUGGAUAUUCGUCUUCGUUUUGUUGUAAUAAUCCAUCCACAAUGUCAUGAUUCGAGCAGGUCAUCCACAUACCUCCACUACAAGGUCAUAAGCAUGAAGUAUAAUACUGUUUUAAUUAAUCUGAAUUUGUGGAAGAGGUGCGAGAGAAUCGGGUCUCAUCUGUACAUUUAAUUCAUACUGAGCUUUAUAUGGUUUUGAUUGUAUAGUAUUACUGCUCCUUUACCUGCUUUUUUUUCUUUAAGUUUGUAACCAGAAACUCAUUUUAGGCAGUUCACAGUAAUGCAGUACAACAAAUCAGCCAUACAAUUGUAAAAAAAAAAUAAAAAUAUUUUUGUUCCCUCGAUUAUUAUAUGGAAGAUAAGCUGAGAGAGUACAGCUCUUUGCUCAGGCAGCA